AGUAGGAGCCCAGACUUCAGCAGAGUGCCUGAGAGUGCUUGGAUCCAUCCUCCCUGUGGUGGUCUGCUUCAUGGUGGUCAUCUUGUGAAGCUGGCAUAAACAUACCUGGCCUCCCCAAUCACCUACACUUUCUUAUGACAUGAAGCUGAUCAGCCUCUCUCUACUCACAGUGACCAUCCUUCUUUGCUGCAACAUGGCCCAGCCUAAAUUCAAGAACAACGCAGUUACAACAAAACCUGGAUAUUGCCCAGAGUUUCAUCUUUCCUGCCCUUUCGUCCUUUUACCUGUAUGCAGAUAUGAUAGAGGCUGCAAAGGGGAUAAAAAGUGCUGCUUCUACUACUGUCAAAAGCGUUGUGUGGAGCCCUGGGAUUCUAUGUAUUAGACAAAUCAGAAAAGACACGUGGAC